AUUUAUUUCAGUUACUUCCGAUCUGGACGACAGUUUUCUAUAAAAUUUGAAUAUGUUUGUCAAAUUUUUAGCAAUAUUCUGCACAAUUUUUGUGAUAGUUUAUGGACAAGACGAAGUCGUAUCUAUGGAUUCAGUUGGAUAUGUUUGGAAAUACGAUAAACCAUCAGAAACAAAUUUAUAUCAUCAUGGUAACAAGAGCUUCUACAUUGGUAAUGUCUUUAAGGGAAACUUUUUACAUUCGGAACAAUUUUGUAAAUAUCAUGGCAUGUCAUUAGCCACGAUCGAAUCUCAAGAGGAAAAUGAUUUUUUGGAAAGCAAGUUGAUCGAAAGAGGAGUCGAAGGUGUAUGGCUUUUCACAUCUGGUACUCGGCUACCAAAUAACGUAUGGGUUUGGUUAGCAACAGGUAAAAAUAUAGCAUGGACAAACUGGAAAACCGGAGAGCCAAAUAAUGUUAAUUCGAAAGAAGAAUGCAUUGCGGUGAAUCUUAUAAAUAAGCAGAUGGAAUGGUACGAUAUAAAUUGCUGGACUGAACAAUAUUUUGUUUGUCAAGAAACAAGCCCUCUAAAAUGUAUCGAAUGAUGAAAACAUUGAACGUUGUUUUGAUUUGUCUAGUUCAUUUAGUUUCUUUAAACCAACUAUUUGUGAGUAUACAGUUUCCGAUUUACAAAUAAAAUUUUAAAAAUUUA